UCCUUAAAAUAAUGACAACAAAUUAUGUGAUAUUUGACUGUGAUGGUGGCAGUGAUGAUGCCUGGGCAUUAUUGUUGCUACUGAAAGCGGAAGCCGAGAAACAAUUGGUCUUACUUGGCAUUACAAUAUGUGGUAGUGGUAAUACCACAUUACACAAUGCCGCCUAUAAUAUGCUGAGGAUACUGAAGGCAUGCGGACGUGAUGAGAUCCCCAUCUUUUUGGGUGCAUCGGAUUCGUUGUUGCCACCUUUCGAUAAGGAAGAGAGACCGGUUUUUCAUGGUAAAGAUGGAUUUGGUGAUGUCUUGCCACAGGAUGAAGAUAUAGAUGUCCAUGAAAUGGUCGAAGGAGAACAUGCUGUGGCGGCGAUACAUCAAUUUUGUAUAGAGAAUCCCAAACAGGUUACCGUAAUAGCUGUGGGACCACUUACCAAUAUUGCCUUGUGCUAUUCCAUGUAUGGCAGAGAUUUUUCGGAAAAUAUUAAAGAGCUGUACAUUAUGGGUGGAAAUCAUCAAGGUGUUGGAAAUUACACCCGAGCUGCCGAAUUUAAUUUCUAUUCCGAUCCAGAGGCUGCCCACAUUGUGCUAAGCAAAAGCAAAUGUCCCAUAACCAUUUUGCCAUGGGAACCAUGUAUGGAUGAUAAAUUCUUUAUAUGUAUUGUGAGUAUAAAUAAAAUACAUUUGAAAGAAAACUCAAAAUGUAUAUUUAUCCUCGAAAUCCCUCUUUUUAAGAAAUGGCGUUUGGAACAUUUCGGCCCUAUGGCUGCACGAGAAAACCAUGCCGUUGAAUUGCUAAAUUGCGUUGAGGCAUCACAGUAUUUGAAACCCGGUUUUAAAGGCUGGAAUCCAUGUGAUGCCAUAUUGGUUGCCGCCUUCCUGUUCAAGUCUCGUUUGGUGCGUAAACAAAGUUUAUGGCACUGUAUUGUGGAUUUGAGUGGUCACACUCGUGGUCAAAUGGUACUCGACCAUUUGCAGGAGGUGGAUAAGAAUCCGAAAAAUGUACGCAUUAUAGAAUUGGUCGAAGCGGAAUUCUUUAAAAGUGCCGCUGAAUGGGGUGCCGGUUUGAGAGAAUUCAAAUUAAGUAUCUUUACGGAGGAGCCGGUCAUAGAGGAUGUCAAAGCAGAAAUCAAAACUGAAAAUGUUGCGGGCAUAGCACUCUUCAUAUUUCUGCUGCAUUAUUUGUGUUACAUUUUAAAUGCCAUUAUACGCGACUUUUGCGAAACCCUAAUAACAACGCGUGAAUAUUUGCAACAUCACGAUAGCGGACAGUCCCCCCUAAGCAACGCCUCUUCCACACGGUUGUGGUCGUCAUCGACAACCAACCCCUUUGCUGCCUUCGAUACGACUACCACCACCCCCGGAACAUCUUUGCCUUCGUCAUCCUCAUCGUCGUUGUCGGGCAACUUCAACAGUACGCGCCGCCGUUCGUCAUCGUCAGUUUCGUUGUCGUCGUCGCCCUUGUCAUUUGCAAGUGAAAAAUUUCUUGGUCGCCAGCAGGAAAGGAAUUCAACGAAAAUUCCCCAAAAAAUUCAAACGCAGCAAGAAAAAAUCAUGCAAAAUUCAGAUGAUGCAAAAUUUAUUAAAAAGUGA